AUGAAUGAAUCAGAUAUUUGUUCUCUUACUCCCUCCUUUAAAAUUGGAACAAAAUAUCCAAUUUCAAUUAAAGGGGUUAAUUUUUUAAAAAAAAAAAUUACAUUUAAUAUCUUUUUUAAAUUUUAAUUUAUUUUUAUGAAAAAUUAAUCGAUUCAAUGUUAAAACUGUUGAAAUAGAAUUCUAAUUGCACUUUUUCUAUUAAAUUAGAUCAAAUUAAUUUUAUAAAAAAAUAGUAUCUUAAUGUUCAAUUUUUUUUUUUAAAACAAUUAAAUUAAUUUUAAUUUAUUUUUAUUAAGAAUUGAUUCCUCAUGAAAACUAUUUAAAUAACCUUUCUACUUGGAUUUAUCUAUUAAAUUAAUUCAAAGCUAAUUUUAUUAAAUAAUAUUUUAAUCAAUAAAAAUUUCCUAUGGUUAAAGUACUAAAAAAUUGCAAAUUUUACCAAUGUUUUGUUCCAAUUUAAAGGGGAGUUAGCACAAGACCAAAUACACGAGUAAUCCAGCCGUCAGCAGCUCCUCAACGAUUUGUUGAAGUUAACCCUGAUGAAAUUCUUCAUAUAUGAGAAUGUUUAGAUUCAAGAUCAACGUCUUCCCAAUCUCAGUCUAAUAAGAAACAAAAUUGUAUUCAAAUCAAUACAGAUUCAUUCAGUGAAAUAUUUUAA